ACAUCCAUCAUGAUGCAAACCAAACCCAUGAAACUAGCACUGCUAAAUUAUCCUACACAACACAACCUAUCUUUUGAAGAAAAAAAAUUAAUAAUAAUCUUUCUUUCAACAUAUCAUCAUCAAAAUGGGCAGUCUCCAACUGAGCUCUUGUGGUUCAUCUUUUUGCUCCCUCCCAUUUCACUUGAUAAAUUCCACCAUUGCCAACUCCCAUUCAACUCUCAGACCCUCUAAGCCUCACAGCUUCUUCUCCAGAGGAAAAAUUAGAGCAGUUAGCACAUCCCAAGAGAACCCAUCUGGAGCUAUUGACCCAGAGCAACCCCCUUUGGUUGAUUUUGCAUUUGUUAGUUCUGUGUUACUUCCUGAUCAAACACCAGAUGUGCAUCUUCGUCAAGCUUGUGGAGGGCAGAAGCUUAGGAAUAUAAUGUUGGAUUCAAAUAUUGAUUUGUAUGGACCCUAUGCCAGGACUCUGCUCAAUUGUGGGGGAGUAGGAACCUGCGGGACAUGUAUGGUUGAGGUUGUUCAAGGAAAAGAGCUGUUAAACCCUCGAACAGGAAAAGAGAAGGAACACCUUAAAAAGAAACCGAAAAAUUGGAGACUUGCUUGCCAAACCACAGUUGGGAAACCUGAUUCUAGAGGACUGGUUGUUGUCCAACAACUGCCAGAAUGGAAAGCACAUGAAUGGCGUUAUGAAGAAAUCCUAGUAGACCCUUCACAACCAUCAUAGGACAUUUUUGCCAACCAUUAUUGGAAAGUUUUAAUUAGAUAAAUAAAUUAAAUUCAAAAUCCAGUUUAAAUGAUACAAAAUUCAUAAUUAGGUUAUGCUUAAGGCUUCAAUGCAUGUACAUUCUCAUAUGUAUUUUUGCUUUAAA